GCUUCCGCCUUUCCGUGCGCCGCCAGGGGGCGGGCUUCCCGCGCGCAUGCGUCCUCCGCCUUUUUGCUCCCAGUUCCCUCCUCCUGUUUCCCCCGCCUCCAUUUUGUUCGCGAACGCUGAGGACAGUGGGAGCAGAUCUAUUUCCGGGUUGGCAAAAGGGGCGGCGGCGGUGAGAGAGAGAGACCUCGCCGGGGGGUUUGCGGCGUAAGACGAGAGCGGAGCAGAGCUGGCGGAGGAUUCGCUCCGGAGCAGCUGUGACCAGCUGGUGCCUGCUGACGUUCUUGGGGAGGCGGACCCGAGUCAGAGGUUGGACUGAGGGAGCAGAGAUGAUCUCGCCUGAGAGAAGUGCGUGGAGCCGGACAGCUUAGCGUGCCCCCGAGCGCUCGAGCGGCUGGUCUAGGAGGAAAUCCGGAAGAGAUGACCUCGGGUGAGGAAGUGGAAGCGCCCGGUAUAUGAGUGACUUAAAGCUGCCAGGGAAGACGGAGAGAGAGCAGUGCCGACUGGGAGCAGGGCAAGGAUGCCAAUCCCACCACCCCCGCCGCCCCCACCAGGCCCCCCGCCUCCUCCCACUCUUAAUCAGGCAAAUACAGAGCAGCCCAAGCUGAGCAGAGAUGAGCAGCGAGGCCGCAAUGCGCUCUUGCAGGACAUUUGCAAAGGGACCAAGCUGAAGAAGGUGACCAACGUUAACGACCGGAGUGCUCCUAUCUUGGAAAAGCCCAAAGGUGGUGGUGGCGGCGGUGGCGGCUAUGGCGCAGGCGCAGCUGCUCUGCAGCCCAAGUGCGGUCUCUUCCCAGGAGGGGUCCCAAAGCUGCGGCCUGUGGGAGCCAAGGACAGCUCAGAAAACCUGGCCGGGAAACCAGCCCUGCAUACCCCCGGGUCUCGAGCCGCUGCCCCAAGGCCACCAGUGUCUGCAGCCAGCGGGCGUCCUCAGGACGACACGGACAGCGGCCGAGCCUCCCUCCCUGAGCUGCCCCGGACGCAGCGCCCCUCACUCCCCGACCUCUCACGGCCCAAUGCCACCAGUGGCCCGGGCAUGAAGCACAGUUCCUCAGCGCCCCCACCUCCGCCCCCCGGCCGGCGUGCCAACGCACCCCCUGCGCCCUUGCCUACACCUGGCAGCAAGGCCCCAGCCUACAACCGCGAGAAGCCCCUGCCACCCACCCCAGGACAGAGGCUGCACCCCGGGCGUGAGGGGCCGCCCGCACCACCCCCAGUCAAGCCACCACCUUCCCCUGUAAACCUCAGAGUGGGACCAAGUGGUCAGUCACUAGCUCCUCCACCACCGCCUUAUCGCCAGCCUCCCGGCGUCCCCAAUGGGCCCUCCAGUCCCACGCACGAGUCAGCCCCCGAGCUGCCACAGAGACACAACUCUUUGCAUAGGAAGACACCGGGGCCUGUGCGGGGCCUCGCUCCUCCUCCACCUGCCUCGGCCUCCCCCUCUCUACCCAGCAGUCGGCCCCCUCCUCCGGCCCGGGAGCCUCCCAGUAGGGGAACAGCCCCACCACCCCCGCCGCCCACGAUCCGAAAUGGUGCCCGGGAUGCGCCGCCCCCACCCCCGCCCUACCGUACACACGGAGCAGAGCCCCCCAGUCGGGGGAAGCCCCCGCCCCCACCCUCCCGCACACCAGCCGGGCCACCGCCGCCUCCGCCGCCACCCCUUCGGAACGGGCACCGAGACUCCAUCACCACGGUCCGCUCCUUCUUGGAUGACUUUGAGUCCAAGUAUUCCUUCCAUCCUGUAGAAGACUUUCCAGCUCCAGAAGAAUAUAAGCAUUUUCAGAGAAUAUAUCCCAGCAAAACACACCGAGCUGCCCGCGGAGCCCCCCCUCUGCCGCCCGUUCUCAGGUGAAGCCUGGCUGGUCCUGGUCGGCAGGAAAGGACAGACUUACUCUCCUCAGAGGGCCCCACCCACAUCCUGCAUGAGCGCUCCGCCUGCCUCCAGCAUCCUCCGGCUCGCCUCCAUCUCUGCGUCUGUCCUGGACUUGGGACAGCUCUGAGCAGCAGAGGGCUCUCGCCCACCUCCCUCCUACAGCCAGUUCCGCGCAAGAGCAGCGACCAGUUUUCCGGGGGAGGGGAAAGCUGGAUGGACUUGGCAGUGGGGAGCAGGGGGUUGUACUGCCGGCUGUCACCGCUUUGGGGCUGCUACUGGCAGGAGGCUCCGCGGCCCGGACUUCUGUGGCAAGGCAGUGUCUGCAGGAAAACGAGGGAGUGCUCUGGAGUAGUGAUCUGUUUUAAAGGUCAGGUUUGGAGAAAGGACAGAAGAAGCCUGCUUUAUUUCCAGGUGUUUUGUUGUGUUCUCACCUGCCAGUCCCAGGGCCAAGGUCGCUGUGAGCACUAAGUACUAACCAUCGACUCAAUAUUUAAGGAGGAACUGGGAUUAGCCUGAGGAUGCGGAGAUUCGCAGCCCAGACCAGGAUGCCCUGCCUCCUGUCCUCGGGCUGCUUGGCUGAAGGUGUGCUCUCUCACCCCAGCCCCUCAACAGAAGAGUUCCUCCUUCUGGGGGACUUGAGUCCUUUCUGUCACAAGCCCCCAAAACCUCUGGUGGGAGCUUGGAAGUGAGGGCCUCCACCUCUGCCCUGGUUUCUUCUGCUGGCCAUGCUGCAGUGAGAGGCCCUUUGCAUCCUGCUCAGCCCCUGGAGAGCAGGAACAGAAGGGUGAGGACCUGGAGGGCAGCGGAGGAUGUUGGGCCCUGCUCCUUGGGAAACUCCCAGCACCAUCGGCUGCCUCGUGCAGGCUCCCUUCUGCACCGCCCUCCCCUUCCUGGCCU